GUUAUUGUCAAUGAAGUUUAAUAAAAGUAUGUUUUGUUCUAAAUUUAUAAAUGAUUUUUAGAUAAAAUAAAAAAUAUGAAAAGGUUCUCACUUAAGUUUAUGAUUUUUAUGUUUUUGAGUACGUUUACUAUUUUAUAUUUAUAUUCAAAAGUUAGCAAAAGUAGUAAAUAUGCAGUUGAUGAGCGGCCUGUGCCUUUCAAGGCUGUUAUUAGUAAGGAACCUUUACAAAUAGAAAGAGUAGUUCUAUCUUUUGUCGUAUGUGACUCGAGAUUUAACGAAUCUUUGAAUGUGGUUAAGUCCGUGUUACUGUUUACAAGAGUUCACGUGCACUUCGUUAUAUUCGCUGAUGACAAUUUAAGACCAAAGUUCAAUGAAACUUUAACAAUAUGGAAGCAUAUUACAAAUAAUCAGCUGGAUUUUGAGCUACAUAAAGUAAGCUUUCCACAAGAACAUGAGCAAGAUUGGAUGAACCUGUUUAGCAAAUGUGCUGCUCAACGAUUAUUUAUUCCUCAACUAAUACCUCACAUAGAUGCAAUGAUAUAUGUGGACACAGACACACUAUUCCUGGGGCCUGUGGAGGAGCUCUGGCAAUUCUUCAACAAGUUCAAUUCCUCACAAAUGUCUGCAAUGGCCCUUGAAGAUGACAAUCCUAAUGUAUCAUGGUAUCCACGAUUUGCUAAACACCCAUUUUAUGGCAAAUUUGGCCUCAACUCAGGUGUGAUGUUAAUGAACUUGACGAGGAUGCAAACAUUUGGUUGGGUGGAAUAUGUCACACCUAUCAUGUUGAAAUGGAAGCUCUAUAUACCCUGGGGUGAUCAGGACAUAAUAAAUAUCAUAUUUCAUUACCAUGAGCGUGCGGUGCACGUGUUUUCGUGUCGCUACAACUAUCGCUCGGACCAGUGCAUGUACGGUGACGCCUGCGCUGACGCUACCGACCGCGGCAUCUUCCUGCUGCACGGCAGUCGAAGAGCAUUCCAUAACAAUAAGCAACCAGCUUUUCAGGCAAUCUAUCGUGCGGUAGAGGAAUACGAGAUCGGCACGGAUCCUUCGAAGUAUGUACUUACUAACAUGGACAAGUAUUUCACCGAGGCGCCUUCCUCCAACUGCGGCAACUUGAAGGAAGCUUUCCUUAAAGUUCCUACGAAGACAUUCAGCACUUUGUACCCAUCGCCCGACAGAUAGCGCCAUAACCUCGGAUAAGGAUACAAUGAAACAUAUCAGGGUUUUGUUUUAUAUUACUUAUUAUUUAUGUACCAUAUACUAUUUUAUUAUGCAACUAGAAUUUCAUUAAUAAGAGAACAUAGUUUUUUUAUUAGAACCAAUGCUUAAUGAGGUUCGUUGUUUUGUAUCGUUAUGACAAUGCCACAACUAUUUUGUUACUAGAUAGUUACAGGAAGUUUAUUACUUUCUACAAAUUGUAAAUGUAUGAAAUGCCAAUAGUAUUAUAAAGUAAGAGUUAGCUUGAGGUCGUAUGUCGGUUCCUGAGCCACAUAAAUGGUGAAAAGUGAGUGGUAUAUUUCACUAUUACUUCUGUUUAGGCAUACUGCCUGUUAGAAACAAAAAGGUAGCUAAAUCCAACAUAAUAACGUGAUUGAAAUAGCCAUAACUGGCAUUAUUUCAAAUGAGUUAAGUAAUAGUACUUCUCAAUCGCAAUUGUUCUGCGACAUAUACUACAAAAUCCGGAUAAAUGUAAUAUAAUACGUAGAAAUUGUAAUAGAAUAUCUGUGCAUGGGGCUCUGGAGUCACGAGGCGCACAUGGCGCCUGAUAACGCUUGGAACAACAAAUCAUUGACCGCACAAAAGACCUGAUAAGAUUAAUGUAUACCUAAU